AUGGCUGCCACCGCCACUACAUCGCCUACCCUAGGGCAGAUUCAGUCAACCCGGAAGUCAAUCUCAUGGAGCAACCUGGUAGUUGUUACUUCCCUGGGCCAACCAAUGGAAGUUGUGAAAACACAUGUCGCAGCCAACAGAAGAGACAACCUGUGUACCGCUAUCAGCAAGACAUGGGCUCGCGGAGGCGUUCGAGCGUUUUACCAAGGUCUUAUUCCUUGGGCAUGGGUUGAGUGUUCAACAAAAGGGUCCAUUCUCUUCCUGGCUUCAAAUGAAGUCGAAUACUAUUCAAGAACUGUACUCGGCAUCUCUCCGGCGGUUGCUGGUACACUAGGUGGCGUCGCUGGUGGUGCGGCUCAGUCAUAUCUCACAAUGGGUAUGACGACCUGCAUGAAGACUGUUGAGGUUACGCGGCCAAAGAACGUCCAACCUGGCGCACGUAUCCCCGGUACAAUAGAAAUAUUUCUUGACAUCCUGCGGAAAGAGGGUAUCCGCGGUGUUAAUCGAGGUGUUAAUGCUGUUGCUCUACGACAAAUCAGUGGGUGGGCGUCUCGCAUUGGUAUUACGAGAUUUGCUGAAGGCCAGAUACGAGCCAUGCAAUCAAAGACGGCAGAUGCAAAGCUCAGUAUCUGGGAGAAGAUGGCUGCAUCAACCAUGGGAGGAGCAUUGAGUUGUUGGAAUCAGCCUUUCGAAGUCCUUCGCGUGGAAAUGCAGUCGCGGGCUUCUGGCCAGAACACAUCAAAACCAUCUAUGAUGUCUGCCGCCAAGCGCAUCUUGGCCACAUCAGGCCCAUUGGGGUUUUUUAGAGGUGUUGUACCUCGAAUUGGAGUAGCAGCCUGGGCCACGAUCUGUAUGGUAGGCUUUGGUGAUAUUGCCAAGGAAUACGUUAAGGGAUUGAGAGUAUGA